CGAAAAGGCAAAAAAACACAUUCACCGCCGCCUCAGAAACCCCAAAACAAGGGGCCUCUCCAGCCUCUUCAAUCGUCAGCACAGUCAAUGUCAAUUCAACCACGACCCCUCCCGCCACCGCGGAAUCCCCGGCCUACUAUGCUCAACAAGCAGCUAUCCUGGUCUCCAGACAUGACCCGCGAGGAAAUAUGGCUCAGAAGAAAAGGAAAUUCUGCAACGCGACGCCGGUGCAGCAAGAGUGUGACUGACGAUGAUUUAGAGGAGUUAAAAGCAUGUAUUGAACUAGGAUUCGGGUUCGGACCCGACUCGUCUGAUUUGGAUCCGAAGUUGUCGGAUACCUUGCCUGCUUUAGGUUUUUACUGUGCUCUUAAUAAACAGCAUAGUAGUUGUUUGUCUAGAUCAGCUUCGACGUCGUCGCUUUUGUCUGUUUCAGGUGAUGAUCCGGAGAUGGUGAAGAAGAGGUUGCGACAAUGGGCCCAGAUUGUCGCAUGCUCGGUCAAGCAAUUUUCAGGGGUACCAAAUUGAUGUAUUUUACCUGCAAGUCGUUGGCAGAUUGGUAAAAAAUAAUAAUUUUUUAAACCAGAUUAAUGAUGUAGGAUAUGCCACCGCAAUUCUUUUCUCUAGAGUGUUUUCCUUUUUAAUUUAUUUAUCUGGGUCUUAAUUAACCUGCUGCUCUUGGAUGAAGAAUGUAGAGCAAAACGAGGUUGGAACUGGUCCCUGUUACAUGUCAGUUCUGAAUUCUUGGAGGAAUCACUGCUAUAAUGCCUUUCCAGGGAA